CAUCUGCCGGUGUAUCAACAUCAUCAAAUUCAAAGUAAAACACAAAUUCUCAUCUACAUCUAUCUUUAAUACAUUUAUUGUGUUUUUUCUUUUUUUUAGUGAUGCAGUAACCGAAGAAAAAAUUCGUGAACUAUUGUUACGUCGUCCAAUGACCUUUGGUGAAUUAAUUCAAAAAUUUAUUCCCAAGAAACAAAAUAUGACUGCAGAACAAAAAGAUGAGAUUAUUAAAGCGUUAGCUGCUAUAUUGCAAAAAAUUAAUUAUGAAAGUAAAUUAGUAAAUGGUAAAACACGUUUAUCUUUGAAACGUUCAUAA